AUGCCACCGACACCACAUACAUACGGUGGUGACACGAUCAACCUUAAACAGCUCGCUACGUUACUCGCUUACUUUGAUGCCGUUGACCGUGGGACGACGAGAAAUCCCCUCGACGACAAGGCCUACCACUCUCUCUAUGAGGCCCUGUUCAGCUGUGCUCUCCUAGAGAAGGAGACCUACUUCAGCACCAGAAAGUCACCGCAAUCUGCUGCAAGGCUAGGAAAGUGUGCCCAGGCUCUGCGGACGGCCGUCCGCCAUGGGGCGGCCAAGGUCAAGCGCAAGACGGGCAAGGCUCUUGUCGACCACAUCACGCAGAUUCUCCCGGGACCCGAAGACGGCUACAUCGCUCCUCUGCUCACUGACUACGUCAAAGCCCUCAGUACCUUUCUCGACUUCCCGGCCAAUGUCGAGAACCUUGCCAUAAGCGACUCCUGGGACACAUGCGUCGACUUUUGCAUCGACGCCCUGUCCCGCUACCUCGAAGCUGGGGACCGGGACCGGGACAGCGGGUUUUCAUCUCGCGCCUCUCCGGCGCCGGGCGCGACCACACGGUCCGGCUCUGUUGCGCUAUCGCAGGGGUCCGGUCAAAUCGGAGGCCAGGUCGCGAUCGAGUUCCUGACAUGCGUCAACCUGCUCGUAAGCGCCCCAAACGCCCCAGUGUCGAGAAAGGCGGACAGAAUCUCGAACGUUGUGCUCCACAUUCUUCAACUCCGGCAGAUGAAGAUUGGCGAGCUCCAGAAGGUAGCCUUCUCGAUCUGCAACCUCGUUCUCCAACGCAUCCAGGCCGAAGACGUCACGCUGUCCAAAAGGCUGGUCAUCAGUCUAGUCCCCCUGGUUUCGUAUUGGUGGCAGCCCCGUGCAUUGUCACGAGACGCUCUGCUCAACUCUGUCCGCGACGAGAUGCUCAAGACGAUAUAUGGCAUUCACGUAUACAUCGAGGGCUUGCUUCGAGAAGCCGUCGGCGAGACCUUUCUCCAGGAUGUCGAGGACUUGUUAGAAUCUCUGUGGUCCGACUACUCCAAACGGGAGGACCGCGCCCGGCUUCAGCUGGACGACGUGACCUUCACGAGCAUGCGGUUACCCACAGAUCACCCAUCCACCGCCGUGUUUAGUCUCCGUCCGUAUAACCAGGCGGGCGAGCAGAACUGGGCCCUUCUCGAACUUCUUGCCGUCCUGGAAGCCGCAUACUCGCGGUACUCCCAGCGAGAACACAGUCAGCAGAACCCCGAUCAUGGCCAGGCCCGGAAGAGACGUCGCGUCGCCGGCAGUUCUAACAGGAUGCUCCAAAAGCUCAAAUCACUGGAUCCUGCCGUCCGUCUCUCCGCUCUGCAGCUCUUGCCGUUCCUCCUCAAACAGCAGGAGCCUUCACUCGAGGAUAUUGUUGAGACCAUAGCGGAAUUAUCAAAGUCCGUUACGGCGAAAGAAGGCGCAGUGGCGUCUUGGGCGAUGAUUGCCUGUUCCGGACAGCUCUGGCACCUCGGUGUACGGGCCUUGUCUCUACCCCCCGUUAGCCGUGCUGCGUGCGUCCUCCUCAAUUCGAUUUUGAAGGCGAGACUCGUGCCCAGGCACGAGCUCGCAGACGACGUCAACCAGAUCGUCACGACCGCCGACAUCAGCGGUCCGUCAGUCCUGGUCGAUUCAUCCCUCAAUCUCAUGCUCACCCUGCUUCGCCUUCGCAACAACAUGUUCCCCAACGCAACCGAAUUGACAUACGCCUCCUUUCACGCCAAGCACGCAACACCGUAUGACAUCAGCAAUCUCCUCAAGGCAUGCUAUGGGGCUCCAGCUUUCGCCAUGCCAGCGCCUCUCCAGUUGUUUGGCGGGCCCAUUGCCCAGUUCUGGAAGAGCCAAGCAGAAAUCCAUCACUUUGUCCGGUACCUGCUCCUCCUGGAUCAGGAGGACGCGGCUCCCCCAACUGGCCCGACGAGCUCGGCCGAGGAGCAGCUGGCUGAUGCCCCUCAGGUUACCGAUCCAUCCGGGUCGCAUGCAGCAAGACGGGUGGCACUCGAGUUGCUCUACCCAAAGAUCGAAGAGCUGCAUCAACUGGCGGAGUCAUGGCAGAAGCGGGGGGGAGAAGGCGCAAUGCCCGUUUCUACCGAGCGGCUGCAGAGCAUUGUUCUUGCGUGCCUUACUGGAGCUCUCCUGCUUCCUGAACUCGCCAACCUGAAUUCAUCCGCGUCCAGGGAUCUCGAAACCACUCUGUUCGGCAUUGUUGAUGCCACCCUCAAAGUGAUCCUGAACGCCGCCCCGGGAGAGAAUCUCUUCGACAUGGUUCUAAUGUUGUCGGCCCCCUACAUCCCCCCAAUUACAGAGAAGGAGCUGGUUUCGUUGAAGAGAGACAGGCCGCAUCUGCUCAAGUUUUUCGGGAAACUUUCCGAAGCGCUACAAGAAAGCUCCCGCCGAGAAGCCUCCUUGCGAAACCCCGAUACCGUCGAUAUUGACGACGAUUUUGAAUCCCAAACAAGUCAAAACAGCUCAUCAUCAAAGAACAGAACCCUACCGAGGAGGGAUACACUGUUGUGUCAUACACCGGAGGCUUUUUACCUGGAGACCGCUCUACGAAUCCACCUUCUCGACGCUAUACGCUUAGACGAUGGUCAGAUUGGACGCGUCCCGGAGUCCAUUGUCGAUCAGCUCGUCGAACUUCCAAAAGAGCAGUUCCUAUCCUGCCGGCUCUUCAUGAGAGAACUCUUCACUUCGGACGCCAUAACUUCCCUUGAUUCCGCUAUCAGAAUCUUGGAAACCGCAGCCCGACUGGUCAGCAGGUACGAGUUCUGGUGCUGUGAAGUGGCGUUGUGCACCUGUCUCGACACCAUGGAUAGUUUCAUCAGCAUGUGUACCGAUGAAAGCCUGGAAAUCUACGUCAUGGCGGGGGAUCUCUACCAUCACUUGGUGAAAGUCUCGCUACCCAACAACUCGCUGUCACCAGCCGCGCAAAUCCGCCUCUGCAGCUUGCUUCUGCACCUGUUGGAGGUCAAGUCAACUUACGCCUCCACCCUGAACCUGCCGUCUUGUCGAUCAACCCUCAUGAACCUUCUGCAAGAGGGGACCAUGGAUAUCAAAUACUUUAUCGGACGCCAUAUCCCCAAGAUUUUCGGGCUGUACGUUCUCAAGACGCACGACGACAUCUUUCUCGACAUUCUACACAACCUACCUUCUGAUCCAGGGCUCUUUAGACUCUUCGCGCCCCAGUUGCUGUAUACCUGGCUCGAAGAUGGCUCGAUUCAAGAGAUCCCCUUCAGCAUAUUCGGAUUCACGAGCCUCCACGAACUCCUCCAACACGCCCAAACAGAGGCUGCCGCCAUCAUGUUCAUGCGUGGACAGGAGAGGGAAGCGCUUGAGCUGGCGCAAACGCUGGGUCUGACCCCCGAACAACUGGUCCAGCAGAGCUUUACCAAGAUCAUUGCUUAUAGCAUCGCGCACGACAUAAGCGUUCCGGGUGGCGCAGACUACGUGACUGGCGAGAGCCGGCUCAGGAAAAUUCUUGGGAAGGAAGAAUUCCUCGCCAACGUCCACCUCAACUUUGCCGACAUCAUAGCCACCUUCUUUGACACGUUCGACCAGGAAGACCCCAUCGAGAAGGCGUUCCGGCGAGACGAGCGGUUUGCAUACGCCGCAAACACCAUGGAGGAGAUCAAGAAGCUCGGGCAUCUUCCUGCUGCUCUCCCUCCGAAUCAACAGCCGACGUUCAGGGCGAAGUACCUGCCGAGGGAAAUCCUUCAUCUGUGCAGCCGGACGCCAUACGAGCCCGAGACGCUUUGGACCCCUGCUCUUGUCGUCUUCGUGGCCCGAAAGCUGCUCAAUACGAUACACCCAGCGCUCGGUCCACUGCAUGCUUGUUCGGUUUUACGCAAGAUCCGUGUCCUCAUAUGUAUGGCCGGCAAUCAUGCGACGUCGGCAUAUCCCCUACAGAUGCUGCUUCAUUCCCUGCGAGCGUUUGUGGUUGACCCCGAGUGCGCCUAUGAUGCUCUGGGUGUCACUCAAUACCUCAUCAUGAAAGGAGACCAUCAUCUCAGGCAAACUCCGUCAUUCCUUGCCGGCUAUGCCCUCUCUAUUCUAGCGGACCUUCGCGUCUUCCUCGAGUCAAGCCAGUCGAGCACGACUCAGGAGAGCCAGUUCAAAGCGACCAUGACAAAGGCCCAGCUUUUCCACUCGUGGUUCUCCAAAUACCUAGCCAGCUAUGAUUCUCCUGCUUUCCAGGACGAAGCUCAGAAGCUCGCCUUCAAGUCCAUAACGCAGUCCGCUGCUCAGAUUCGAGCUUCGGGCAAUGCGGAAAAGGGAACCCACGAGAGCAACCUGCUCCUAGAGAUCCUGGAAGAUUGGGAUCGCGAGAACCGGCUCCUAAACGAGCCAGCACGAGAUGUCGCUUUAUCCAUGCUUUGCGGGGUCUUCAAGGUUCCGCCAUCCCGUCGGCUCGAUGUCAUCGACACUGACGACGGCGCAUUGAGCCACGCCGCCGUAGUGUGGAAGAGCUGCGCCUCGCAGCGAUUGAGCGGGGAGUACCUCGCCUGGGCCGGGCGGGUUCUCGGCCGCUCGUUUGCGGCAUCCGGCGAGGUUCCAGACGAGCUCUUGCGCGAGUCUCGUCUCAAGGAGUACCGCCGGCUUUCGUUGGACAUUGGCGGGUCGGAAGAGGGGUUGUUGAACCUGAUCGAGGCGCUCACCGUCAGCGGCGACUGCUUCACGGCCGGCCUGGCCGAGGCUGCUUUGCGUACCGUUGUCUCGGACGCCGUGAGCGACGACAACCACGACCUUCUCGGCGCUUGCCAGCAGAGUCUUGCCGAGCCGCUGCUGAUUUCGUCCAACUGGGAUCCUUAUCGGACACCCAAGUCCGAUGAGUACAAGUCAGUGCCCGAAAUUGUGACAUUGAGGGUGCUUCCGCCCAUCCUUAGCAAGGUAAAGGGAUUUGCGGAGCGAGCCUUUCCCUUUGUUGUUCAUCUCGUUUUGACCUACCAACUGGACAAACAACAAGGAGUCAAGCGACGACUCUCAGCGGCGCUUGAAGAGUGGUUGAACUCGACGUCUGAUUCGGCCAAGGAGAACUUGAAGCUACUCAUCAAUACUAUCCUCUAUCUGAGGACCCAACCUCUGCCAGGAGAAACCUCGAUCGCGGACCGGAGUCACUGGCUGGAAGUCAACUUGUCUAGCGCAGCUGCUGCUGCCACGAGGUGUGGCAUGUUCAAGGUCGCUCUCUUGUUUGUCGAGCUAGCCAGCUCCGAGUCAUCCAGGGGCUCACGGCGAUCCUCUGCACUCAGGGCUGAAGACUCCAGCGAGGUCUUGUUGGAAAUAUUCGAAAACAUCGACGAUCCGGACGCGUAUUACGGCCUCGACCAGGAAGCCUCUCUAUCCACCGUCGUGGCUCGUCUGGAGUACGAGAACGACGGAAGCAAAAGCCUCGCCUUCCGCGGUGCGCAGUACGACAGCCACUUACGGAGCAGGGACUCGGCCGCGCGACAGGAUGGCCAAGCUCUCAUCAAAGCCCUCAGCAACCUCGGUCUCGCCGGCUUGUCAAACUCCCUUCUUCAGGCCCAGCAAAGCUUGGACGGCUCUUCCGACUCGCUAGAUGCGACGUUCACCACGGCUAGGAGGCUCGAGAUGUGGAACCUCCCCGCUCCGUCAACCAACGACAACUGGGCUGUCACGGUGUACAAGGCCUACCAGAGCAUGCAUCAAGCCCCCGACAUUGACGCUGUUAGGGCUGUUAUUCACGACGGUUUAAGGAGCACUGUUCGUCACCUCACCAGCCGCAGUCUCAACAGCUCUACAUUGCGUCACCAGCUUGGGGCACUGGCAGCGUUGGCGGAACUCGACGAUGUGCUGAAUCUUUCCGAUCAGUCUGAGCUAGAGCAGGCGCUGCAGGACUUUGAAAAGCGAUCCAAGUGGAUGAUGAGUGGAAGAUACGCCGAUGUUGGCCAGCUCCUGUCAUGCAGGGAAACAACACUGAGCAUGUGGAGCCAGCAUCACAGGCUGAGGGCGGCGAGACUGACUCCGGCAGAUGCUCGUCUUGUCCAAAUUCGUGGAAUGUUGCUCUCAUCCAAUAUUUUCCGCUUCCACCGAUCUCAUCAGGAAACUCUGAAUCUGUCGACAACGCUCACCGAUCUCAUUCGGUCGAGCGAGUCAUUGGGCCUCAGCGUCGAUGCUGCUAUCAGGAUGGAGACUGCCAACUCGUUGUGGGACCAAGGAGAGAUGAUUACUUCGAUCCGGAUGCUGCAAGCCAUCGACAAAGACUCGUCCCUGAAGAAGCAGACAGUUCCGGUUAGCCGGCCGGAUCUCCUGUCAAAGAUCGGGUACCAAGUCUCGGUUGCUAGACUGGAAAGCCCGGACAGUAUCCAAAAGAAGUAUCUCGAGCCCGCGCUCAAAGAGCUGAGGGGCAAGAUCGAGGGAAAGGAGGCCGGUCGGGUGUUCCACCAGUUCGCCGUAUUCUGUGACGAGCAGCUCCAAAAUCCCGAUAGCUUGGAAGAUCUAGCACGCCUGCAGAAUCUCAAGAAGGGCAAAGACGAAGAAGUCGAACAACUGAAGGCCCUGAUCGCCAACUCUAAGGACUCGCAGCACAAGAACCGGUACCAGAGCCAUCUUGCCAAGGCAAGACAGUGGCAAGACCUCGACCAACAGGAGCUCCGGCGAGUUGAGCAGAGUCGAUCGGAAUUCCUUCGCUUGUGCCUGGAGAAUUAUCUGCUCUCACUCGCGGCCUCGGACGAGCACAACAAUGACGCCUUGCGUUUCAUGGCCCUCUGGCUGGAGCAGUCGGAAGAGGACGUCUCAAACGAGGCUGUCAAGAAGUACAUCGGAAAAGUCCCUACCCGCAAGUUUGCGCCCCUAAUGAACCAGCUCUCAUCGCGGCUGCAGGAUCGGUCGGUUCUCUUCCAAAAGCUCUUGAUCGAUCUGGUUUACCGCAUCUGUGUCGACCACCCGUACCACGGAAUGUACCACAUCUGGUCCGGCGCCAGGACUCGCGUCAACAAGGAGGAUGAGGUGGCGGUUUCCCGCCAGAAGGCAACCGACAGGGUGGCUAAGGCGCUCACCAAGUCGGAGGCGGUGUCCAGGAUCUGGCCGGCCAUCGACCAGACGAGCAGAGCUUACCACGCUCUCGCCAUGGACCGCGAUCCUAACCGGUACAAAGCUGGACACAAGGUUGCGAUCAAGAACUCAUCAGUAGGACAAAGCUUCCUGAAUAUCCUUGCCAAGUACCCCAUACCACCGCCGACAAUGCAGAUAGAGCUGUCAGCGAGCCAGGACUACUCGCAUGUGCCGAUGAUUCACAAAUUCGAGCCGGACAUGUCCAUCGCCUCGGGCGUGAGCGCGCCCAAGAUCAUCACUGCCAUCGGCACCAAUGGCCAGCGAUUCAAACAGCUCGUCAAGGGAGGCAACGACGACCUGCGCCAGGACGCUAUCAUGGAGCAGGUCUUCGCCGCCGUCUCGGAGCUUCUCAAGCUUCACCGGACGACAAGACAGCGGAAUCUGGGCGUCAGAACGUACAAGGUGCUCCCCUUGACCUCCUCAUCCGGCCUCAUCGAGUUCGUCUCCAACACGAUCCCCCUUCACGAGUACCUCAUGCCCGCGCACGAGAGGUACUACCCCAAAGACCUCAAGGGGUCGCAAUGCCGCAAAGAGAUCUCCAACGCGCAAACCAAGACGACGGAAACCCGCAUCGCGGUAUACCGCAAAGUCACGGAGCGGUUCCACCCGGUGAUGCGCUACUUCUUCAUGGAAUACUUCCCGGACCCGGACGAAUGGUUCCACAAGCGCACCGCCUACACCCGCACGACGGCGGCCAUCUCCAUGCUGGGCCACGUGCUCGGGCUGGGCGACCGCCACGGGCACAACAUCCUGCUCGACACCAAGACGGGCGAGGUGGUGCACAUCGACCUGGGCGUCGCCUUCGAGAUGGGCCGCGUCCUGCCCGUCCCGGAGCUCGUGCCGUUCCGGCUGACGCGCGACAUCGUCGACGGCAUGGGCAUCACCAAGACCGAGGGCGUCUUCCGCCGCUGCUGCGAGUUCACCCUCGACGCCCUGCGCGAGGAGGCCGCGUCCAUCCAGACCAUCCUCGACAGCCUGCGGCACGACACCCUGUACCAGUGGUCCAUCUCGCCCGUGCGCAUGGCCAAGCUGCAGAACGCGCGCGGCGCCGGGGAAGGCGGCGGGGGCGGCGACGACGGCGGGGGCGGGGGCGAGGGCGGCGAGGACGUGAGCCGCCGGGCCGGGGGCGAGAAGAAGGCGGCAAAGUCGGUCAACGAGCCGAGCGAGGCGGAUCGCGCGAUCGAGGUGGUCAAGAAGAAGCUGAGCAGGACGUUGAGCGUCAUGGCUACGGUGAACGACCUGAUCAACCAGGCGACGAGCGUGUCGAACCUGGCGGUCUUGUAUUCCGGUUGGGCGGCCUAUGCUUGAAUGAUGUGUCGUGGGAUGGGGGGAGGACGAGCCAAAGCGUGUUAGAUAUCCUUCGGUUGCUGAAACAUACAUAUUGGCAUGGCAUGUAUGUACUCAUUUGCAUCUCCUGUCGUCUUUAAUUAAGCUCACAUGGCGGAUGUAUGCCGCUGCCGGCGAAUUUGGUACAUGUACAUACAAUGCGGAUUCUAGAGUUCUCUUCGAGUCCUAGGCAGUCAGAUACUAGGGAGCGUCUGGUUUGCUCUA